AUGGUAGCUCGUAAUACAUACGUAUUUACACGUAUUUACGAGACCAUUGAAUCACAUGAUGAUUUGCUUUUGAAAUUUGCAAAAUUAGAUUUCCACAUUUUGCAAAAGAUGCACCAAAGAGAGCUUAGUGAACUUACAAGGGGUGUAUUUUGGGCCACAAUACAAACGUGCAAGAAGAACGUUAACAAAAUUAAUCGUUAUUAUUGGGGAAACUGUUUUCUCUCCUACACUCAACUCACAGAAAUUAGUAGCCAAGAAAAACUUGAACUUGAAGAGUUGAAAGAAAAAGUCUGGCAAAUGUUAGUGGAAACUCCUGAUAAUAGUAAGAAAAACUUGUCUUUGGUUGAUGCAAUCCAACGAUUGGGAGUGGCAUAUCAUUUCGACAAUGAGAUCAAAAUAUCCAUUCAGAAUAUUUUUGAUAAGUCUGAACAGAAUAAAAAUGAAGAUGAAGACGAUGAUCUCUGCGUUGUUGCUCUUCAUUUUCGACUAGUGAGACGACAAAGGCAUAGCAUGUCUUCUGAUGUGUUUAAAAAAUUCACCAAUGGUGAUGGAAAAUUCAAGGAAACUCUUGCUAAAGAUGUUCAAGGAUUAUUAAGUUUAUAUGAAGCAGCACAUCUAAGAGUACACAGAGAAGAAAUUCUUGAAGAAGCUCAAACUUUUACCAUCAUUCAUCUCGAGUCUAUGGACCCUAAAUUGGACUUCUCACUGAAGGCCCAAGUUAGUGAAGCCUUGAUCCAACCCAUUCAUACAAAUGUACCAAGAAUGGUAGCUCGUAAUACAUACGUAUUUACACGUAUUUACGAGACCAUUGAAUCACAUGAUGAUUUGCUUUUGAAAUUUGCAAAAUUAGAUUUCCACAUUUUGCAAAAGAUGUACCAAAGAGAGCUUAGCGAACUUAUAAGGUGGUGGAAAAAUUUGGAUCAUUCAAACAAAUAUCCAUAUGCAAGAGACAAAUUGGUGGAAUGUUAUUUUUGGGCAAUGGGGGUGUAUUUUGGGCCUCAAUAUAAAUGUGCAAGAAGAAUGAUAACAAAAUUAAUUGUUAUUAUUACCAUCACUGAUGAUCUCUAUGAUGCUUAUCCAACUUAUGACGAACUUGUGUCUUACACUGAUGCAAUAGAGAGAUGUGACAUUAGUGCUAUGUAG